AUGCUGGCUGCGCACCGGGAUCAGGAGAACCUCGUGCACAGUCGCCAAGUCCCGACAAAAGAUGUCGCAUCAAAGAAUAUCGCCCCUCGGACUCCUGGAGCUCGCUAUCCUAAGACACCAUUGAAAAUACCACUCAAUGACGAGAAUGGUGCUCAAGCCACCGGGGCAAAGGGCUUGCUGCCCACAGGCAAGAACACGAUGGGGAAGAAGCAGCCAACGGCGACGCCGGCAGGAACUCGCCGUGCUCCCUUGGGUAACAAAACGACAAAUGCAAAGGCUCGGGCUGUCGCGCCUGGUGUCACCGUGAAGGGCACUCAAUACCGCCCCGUCAAAUUCGAAGUGAUGAGUGAUGUCACAGGACUGAGCGAUGACGUUGAAUACGCGCCACCCAAGCCGCAGGAUCUCCCUUACGAGUCCGACGUCUUCCCCGAUGGUGUCUUGACUUUCGAAGGCCUAAAGCCUGAGAACAUCCUCAAAGGAUACUACGAGCGCUAUCACGACCCCGUAGAUGAUGAUGGCAUUCGUGUAAAGGACAAGAAAUUUGAGGAGCAGCUUCAGAAGGCUUUGAAGGAAGGCGAUGAGAGGAUCCUGAAGGACAUCGAAAACACCGACUGGUCUGUAUCGGACGUUCCCGAAACGAAAGUCUUGGCUAGGCUUCAGAAGCCGCAAGACGCGCUCGCCCCGAAACCUGAUCGUGCUAGGGCCAUCGCCAAUCGUACAGCUCUCAAGCAGUAUCCACCAACGCUAAGCUCUCGGCGCGCCACAAACCGUGGGCCCUUAGCACGUUCCGCUUCAGGGGCAUCGGUCUCGUCGGAUCGAUCUGACGUGACCAUUACCCCAGCCAACUUUCUCAAGUUUCAAGAAUCCAAAGUCAACAAGUCUGAGGAAUCACCUCGGCCUCAGUUCCUUGGUAUUUUUGAUGUCCAUGAGGACUCGGAUGACGACUCACAUCUCACUACUACCGAAAAUUUCGUUGAUGAGUUUGAGGACUUCGAGCUGAAGCUGGAUGACGAGUGA